AUGGACGGCGCCGACAGCAUGCGGUUCCAGCGGCAGGCCUCCUGCUCCUGCGCCCCCUCCAUGUCCCGCGGCUACGUCCGCGGCGGCUUCGACCUCGACGACGACGACUUCGACGACGGCCACUUCGACAAGGCCGGCGUCGCCCGGCACGGGAGGGCGCCGCCCGCCGCCGCGUCGCCGCGCGGGUGCGGCACGAGGCUGAGGGGCCUGUGGCGGAAGAUCGUCCGGGAGAAGAAGAGGAUCCUGCUCUGCUCCACCGGCUGCGUGCCUGUCGGGGGCUCCUCGGCGGCGGCGGCGGCGCGGGAGCCAUACGACGCGUACAGCUACGCGCAGAACUUCGACGACGGCGCGGCCUGGGUGGAGCCCGACAACCUCUCGCGCUCCUUCUCCGCGCGCUUCGCCGUCCCCUCCAGGGUCCUGCAGCGGGUCGCCGUGUAG